AUGAGUUUCAGUUUGACUCACACCACUACUUCCCCCAAUCUUCAACUCCGAUUCCACUCUCUUCUCGCUGCUUCAUUCACAUCAAAACCGUUUCUCUCUUUGCAUUCCACAUUUCCACCAAAACGCACCGUUCCGAAACUUCAUGCUCAAUCCGAAAAUGGAGCCGUGCUGCAAGCUUCUGAGGAGAAGCUCGAUGCUUCCAAUUACGGAAGACAGUACUUCCCUCUCGCUGCUGUUAUAGGCCAAGAUGCUAUUAAAACUGCUCUUUUACUUGGGGCUACUGACCCUAGGAUUGGAGGGAUUGCUAUAUCAGGAAGGCGAGGAACUGCUAAAACAAUUAUGGCGCGUGGAAUGCAUGCAAUUCUGCCGCCUAUUGAAGUAGUACAAGGUUCCAUAGCCAAUGCAGAUCCUUCGUGCCAAGAAGAGUGGGAAGAUGGUCUUUACAAACGCGUGGAAUAUGAUUCUGAUGGAAAUGUUAAAACUCAUAUCAUCAAGUCUCCUUUUGUUCAGAUUCCUCUUGGAGUCACAGAGGACAGACUCAUUGGAUCAGUUGAUGUUGAGGAGUCUGUGAAGACAGGCACGACUGUUUUCCAACCAGGCCUACUCGCUGAAGCUCAUAGAGGAGUAAAUAUUGUUGAAAGAGAGGGAAUCAGCUUUAGGCACCCAUGCAGGCCCCUUCUGAUUGCUACCUAUAACCCCGACGAGGGUUCUGUUCGUGAACAUCUUUUAGACCGCAUUGCAAUUAAUUUGAGUGCAGAUCUUCCAAUGAGUUUUGAAAACCGUGUUGAAGCUGUUGGAAUUGCAACAGAAUUUCAGGAUAACUGUGCCCAAGUAUUUAAAAUGGUCGAUGAGGAUACAGACAAUGCAAAGACACAGAUCAUCUUGGCUAGAGAGUAUCUCAAGGAAGUUACUAUUAGCAAAGAACAAUUAAAAUACCUGGUUAUCGAGGCUUUACGAGGUGGUGUCCAGGGACACAGAGCUGAGCUGUAUGCUGCUCGUGUUGCUAAGUGCUUAGCUGCUCUAGAGGGACGUGAAAAGGUUUAUGUGGAUGACCUUAAAAAAGCCGUAGAAUUGGUCAUUCUUCCCCGGUCAAUCAUUACUGAUACUCCACCCGAGCAACAAAAUCAGCCGCCUCCUCCUCCACCGCCUCCACAAAACCAAGAAUCUAAUGAAGAACAGAAUGAAGAAGAAGAGCAAGAAGAGGAAGAGGAAGAGGAUGACAAGGAUGAAGAGAACGAACAACAGCAAGACCAAUUACCUGAAGAAUUUAUCUUUGAUGCUGAAGGGGGUUUGGUGGAUGAAAAACUUCUCUUCUUUGCCCAACAGGCACAGAGACGUCGUGGGAAGGCUGGAAGGGCAAAAAAUGUCAUAUUUUCAGAGGACAGAGGCCGAUACAUCAAGCCAAUGCUUCCAAAGGGGCCCAUAAAGAGAUUAGCAGUUGAUGCAACCCUUAGAGCUGCUGCACCUUAUCAAAAGUUGCGAAGAGAAAAAGACACUGAAAACCGUAGAAAAGUAUAUGUUGAAAAAACUGACAUGAGGGCAAAGAGAAUGGCGCGUAAAGCAGGAGCAUUGGUCAUAUUUGUGGUUGAUGCUAGUGGAAGCAUGGCAUUGAACAGAAUGCAGAAUGCAAAAGGUGCAGCACUUAAGCUUCUGGCAGAAAGUUAUACAAGCAGGGAUCAGGAGGUUGAUCAUUUCCCGGUUCAGAUUCCUAGCAGUGUUGAGAUGUGGACUCGUUCCUUCCUUUAUGGUGUUUUUUCACAAAAACCUUUCCUUUUUCCAAGUCCUGUUUCCUAUUCAAAUCUGUUUUCUUGA